GGACGAAGAGAAAGAGUAUGCCGUGAAAUGUAUAUGGAACUGUCUUUGAUAAAACCAAUAAGGAAAUGUUCAAAGAAAAUAAAGAGCUGCAGCAGCUGCUUCCAGGAACUCAAGUCAUCUCUCUAAAGACGUUUCUAAAGCUGCAGCUGGAGCAUUGUGGGUGUUAACUAUGGAAGGAAGCAGCAAAUCAACUUUAAGAGGGGGCCGUGAAGGGAGGAGUAGGUCAUAUGGAGGUCAUGCGAUGAUCAGUUACCAGUGGGCGGACCAGAAGCUGGUGCUGAAGAUCAAGGAAUCACUGCGCCAGAAAGGGUACAGGAUCUGGAUGGAUGUUGAUCACAUGGAGGGGUCCACACUGCAGACGAUGGCGGAGGCCGUUCAGAACGCUUCUGUGGUGUUGGUGUGUAUGUCGGAGAGGUACAAGCUGAGUCAGAACUGCAGGUCAGAGGCUGAGUAUGCUUUCUCGUUGGAGAAGAAGAUUGUCCCUCUUCUGAUGCAGAGGGCAUAUAAACCAGACGGAUGGUUGGGUAUGAUUAAAGGGACAAAACUCUUCUUCGACUUCAGCGGAAAAUACCCGUUUGAUCAGAAAUUAACUGAUCUUGUGAAGGAGCUUGGUGAACAUGGGAAGACUCAGCAGCUCACUGAUGAAAUUGAUGUAGGUUAUGACGUAAUGGUGACUAUUGUGUGA